UUCUUUGCCAUUUACCAGUGGAGACUGCUUUCUUGUAAAUGGAUUGGAGGUCAGGUGUUGCCAUGCCUCACCCCCUAAGCACCAAGCUUUUCCAUUCCCAACUGCCCCAUGCAAGGGGCAUAUGUGCAGCCUUCUUUUUACCUGUCCUAGACAACCCAGGCUGUCUGAUGGCAACAAUAGAGGGGGGAAAAGGGAACUGUGGGGAGAACAGAGGACAUCUAAACUACAAUAACAUAACUAUAUUUCACCAAAGCUUUUCUUAAUAUUCACACAAUAGUUAUCCUUUAACUGUGAGAGCCAAUCAUCAUUAUCCAUCUAUAGCAAAACCAUUUCUUCCUUGACUGGACAAAUGCUGGGAAAAGCCUAGCCCUGGUGCUGGGUGUGUGACACUCUUGUUGUCACUGUCCCCCAGCAUGCAGGGCAGCAGAGGUAUGACAGUGUCCCCCCCUUUACACCCCCAAACUGCCCUGUGGGGUUGUGGGACUCACAGGCAGGGUUACACUCGGCAUUCACACAUGGUUGUUAAUAUCCGACUAUUGAAAAUGAUUACAGAGAUGCCUCUGCCCCAAAUAAGGUGUAAGCAACACCAUAUGCCAAUGUCAAUAGCAUGGAUUUUUGUUUAACAGCAAAUGUGAGGGUGGGGAGAGAGGGAAAAGAUAGGAGGGUGGAGAAAAAGUGACUGCAGACUACAUUCAUCGAGUGGUGAAGGGAAAGAGUCCAACAAAUACCACAUUCUUGGGGUUUACAUUCUGCUGAGGCUAGGUGGGAACAUCCCCUGUACCUCUCCCUGAGGCGGGGAGCUUCACACUGGAUAAUACUGUGAGUCGCGGGACACUUGGGGACUCUUUACACCUUCUGAGAUGUUGCAGCUGUCUCCAAGUGAGCGCAGUUGAAUUAUUAAUGGCCCAUCGGUCGGGAUGGGUACCUUCAGCUUGUGUGUAAAUGUCCCCGGACUUGGGAACUGGAGUUUUCACAGCUGAGCCAUAACGUCAGGGAGGACAUUGGCAUGAUAAAUACUUACUCCACAUCGCAGGAUUUGCCUCUUCUCAGCCUCUUCCCUUAUCUGCAAGCCUCAGGUGUGCGCGCCCUUCUGCACCUGGCAGGCCGCUCCGUGCAUCGCUAGUGAAGCACCAGGUGGACUGUUGGAGCCAUUGGCACCCACGGUCCAGUCCGCACCUCCCCUCAACGCUCUCACAUCCCCACCUACAGCCCCUUCACGCCUCAAAUCCUCCUUCAGCCCCCUCACCUCCUCGUUAACCCCUGCUAUCCCUCCCGCCCAUCAUCCUUUCCCUCCGCCAGCUCCCACUCCCCCUUCAGCCCCCAAAUCCCUUCUCAGCUCCAUCACACAUCAAUCCCCCGCAGCCCCAAAUCCCCGUCCAUCCCCCGUCUCCCCCCUCGCAGGGGGCGGGCCGUUCCCGCUCCCGUUCCCGCUCCCCCUGUCGCUGCCUCUCUCCCUGAGGGAGCGGCGCUCGGGCGCUGCCGGCCCGGCCAUGUACGCGGGGCGCAGGCGGAGGAAGCCGGUACCGCGGGCGUGAGUGAGGGCGAGGGGGCCGAGGAAGGGCUGAGGGGUGUCCCCUUUCUCCGGUAACGCGGCUCUGCCCGGCAGGACGCGGCCGGGCCUGGCCGAAGGUGGCGGUUCCAACCCGUCCAAGCGGCACCGGGAGCGGCUGAACCGGGAGCUGGAGCGGCUGGCGGGGCUGCUACCCUUCCCGCCCGACGUGGUGGCCGGGCUGGACAAGCUUUCUGUGCUCCGCCUCAGCGCCGGCUUCCUGCGCGCCAGGAGCUUCUUGGGCGUUGCUCUGAAGAAUCCUGGUGCCAAGGAAGCCCAGAGGGACGGAGCCUGUGGCACUGGACCAGCUCUGGGCUCAGCAGCAGUGCCAGAGGGUGAGAUGCUCCUACAGGCACUCAAUGGCUUUGUGCUGGUGGUGACAUCAGAAGGGCUGAUAUUUUACUCCUCACAUACAAUCCAGGACUAUCUGGGAUUCCAUCAGACAGAUGUCAUGCACCAGAGUGUCUUCGAGCUGAUCCACACCGAGGACCAGCCGGAGUUCAGGCGCAACCUCCGCUGGGCCCUGGACGCACCAGGUGCUCCUGGGGGUGAGCCCUCUCCAGCAGCAGGGAAGAGUCUUGGCUCUUCUGCUGUCACCUACAAGCUGGAUCAGCUACCCUCAGAAAACUCCUCCUUCCUGGAGAGGAGCUUUGUGUGCCGCUUUCGCUGCCUCCUGGAUAAUUCCUCUGGCUUCCUGGCUUUGAACCUUCAAGGCAGGCUGAAAUUCCUUCAUGGGCAGAACGAAAGGUCUGAAGAUGGCUCUGUCCUGCCCCCCCAGCUCGCUCUGUUCGCCAUCUCCACGCCCCUGCAGCCGCCGUCCAUCCUGCAGAUCCGAACCAAGAACGUGAUCUUCAGGACCAAGCACAAGCUGGACUUCACCCCCUUGGCGUGUGAUGCCAAGGGGAAGAUUGUCCUGGGCUACACCGAGGCGGAGCUGCGGACGUGUGGCACGGGGUACCAGUUUGUCCAUGCUGCUGACAUGCUGUACUGUGCUGAGAACCAUGUCAGGAUGAUGAAGACGGGUGAGAGUGGGCUGACGGUGUUCCGGCUGCUGACCAAGGACAACCGCUGGAAGUGGGUGCAGGCCAACGCCCGUCUCGUCUGCAAGAACGGCAAACCCGAGUACGUCGUGGUCACACAGAGACCCCUCGUAGAUGAAGAAGGAGGAGAGCACCUUCGGAAGCGGUCCAUGCAUCUUCCCUUCACCUUUGCUACAGGAGAGGCACUUCUAUACCAAAGUACUCAAGCCCUCCCAGGCUUCCCUGACCUUUUCCAGAGCAAAGGAAAACUCAGCAAGUCUAAGAAGCCCUCCUGCAGCAACGUAGGGCGCUCCCAGAAGAAUGGCAUUGACCCCAGGUCUCUGCUGGCUGCUGUGAUGCAGCAGGACAAGGCGGUGUACACCUCCCACUCAGCUUCCAUUCCCAACCCUUCCUUCAGCAGCACUUUGCAGCUCAAGGGUGUGUCCAUACCAGGUGCAGGAGAGGAUGCCUGGAGUAUGGGCACAGCUCCAUCUUCUUCAAGGGGCAACAGCCUCCAAGAGAAGCUGCUGGAUUUGCAGCAGGAGGACCCUCUCCUGGCCACCGUGGACUUACUCUCAGUUAAGAGUGACCAGAGCUGUUCCAACGAGCUCUUCAGUGCUUUGGAGGGCCUGGGCUUGAAUGGUGAGGACCUGGAGCUCCUGCUGCAGGAUGAGAAAAUGGUGAUGGUCAGUACGGACCCAGAGCAGUCCCCAUCCCUGAAUAAAAGCCUGGCCAGCAACCAGAUUCUCUCCUAUGUCCCCAGGCCUCCAGUGGAUGGGCAUGAGGGAGGGCAGCAGGUCUGUCCCCUGCCAGACACGCCCCCCAGCCCGCAGCGGGGAGGCACUGCUCCGUGCCACAUGGAGAACAAGGACUCGGGCUGCCACCUGGCACAGCAUGCAGGGCAGCCCAGCACUGCCCUGGCCCAGCCCCCCCUGCUGCUGUGGGAGCAGCCCCUCAGUGCUGUGCCAGGGCUGCUCCCAGAGCUGGUUGAGCAGGAAGAGCUGUCCAGUGGCUCCCAGUGGAGACCAGCUGGGGAGCAGACUGUGCUCCACUCCUUCCAGCCAGUGCAGGGCAGCUCAGCCCUGGGAGCUCCCUGCCCACAGGAGCCACCUGGGGCCCAGCAGCUGCAGGGAGACUUCUCAGUCAUGCAGCCCCUCCAAGAGGAUAUCCAGCAGUCCUUCUCCCUGCCCAGCCAGUGCCAGGACCACGUGGCACCACCCAGCCAGCCCAAGCAGCAUCACCUGCUGAUGAACGGGGUGUGUGGCCCCUGGCCCAGCUCUUCUCCACAGCCCGGCCCAUGGCAGGACUGUGUGUGCCCUCUGCUGCGGGCUCCAGCUCAGCCUGGCAUUCAUGGCCUCAGCAGAGAUGUGAACUCCCAGCCCCAGGGCUGCCUGGGCCCCAGGCCUGGCCUGCCCCCACAGCAGUUUAACCUGGAUGGAUUAUGCAGUCUGGAUGCUGCUGGCACUGGGGACUCCUGGGAAGAGAUGGCUCCAUUCCCCAGGAUUUUUCCCCCUUUCUCCCAGCUCAUUCCUGAAAAGCAGCUCAGCUCUGUUCUUUCCGUGCCCCAGCACUCUUCCCCCAGCUCAGCUGCAGGGCGCUUUGGGAGCAUCAGCAGCCCUCUGGAGACACUGAAUUCCUAUGGGACACGUGGCUCUGCGCAGAGCCAGGAGGGCAGGCACAGGCCCCGCAGCCGCUGUGUUUUGCCCAGCUCUCCCAUGGGACUGCCCCAAGACCAUCCAGUGCUGGGGGGAAGCCUGGCACUGCCCUGCCAGCCUCAGCCCCGGGCAGAAGUGCUGCCAAAUCCCCCUCACACCUCCAGGGGAGACUUCUGUCUCUAGGAGAGACAGGAAUGGACAAAGGAGGACUUUUCCCUGGGGAAGGAGCUACCUUCAAGCUGCAGAAAACAAACCUUCCCCGCUGCUGUGCGCAUCGUGCCGGUGCUGUUGAUGCUGGUUGCUUUGGUUCACCUGGGGGUUUUUUCUCAACUUACCACCAUCCUGCUCCCUGUGCUGGGGUCCCUGGCGUGGGGAGGGACAGCAGCAGGCAGCAGGGCUGGAGGACAGAUUUCCCAGGGCGCUGGAGCAGGCUGAGCUGUGGUUGCAGGUCGCCCCAUGAGUGCAACCAACGCUUUCACCAAAGCUUUCACCAAAGCUUUUGAAACCAAAGCUUUGUAUUUCCAUGCAUGAUCCAGCAUGGAUACCAGUCUCAUGAAGGCCUGUACUAAAGAAAGACACAGAAAUGUUUUCACCUUUGGUAUUACAUUUCCUGCCAUCCCUGCCAGGAACCUGUGGCUGUGGCCGUAUUGUACAGAUAUUGCCUGUUUUAUAAGGAAAAUGAGCUCUGUGUGGUGUUCUUGUGCUGCUCUGGUCCUUCCCCACCCUAACUUUCCCUGUGUCCCAGGUGCUCCAAGUAUUUGGGAUCCAGGUUAGAGCUCCUGUAGCAAACACCCUGGGCUUUGCUGUACUGUACAAGACAUGCUGAGAUUGACUUCUAAGCUGGUUUUCUCUGGGUGCUGGCCUCUCAGGUACCCUCAGACUUCAAGUCUCAAAGUUUUCAGUUAAAAACCAGAAAUUUCAAUAAGAUAAAGAAAAUAAGUAGAAUGCUACUGAAUUGUAAGUACUGAGAGAGUGAUGUUUUCCCACAGAAAAAAACCCCACAGCCCAUAUGUGUGUGUGUGUGUAUAACAUGAGUUGACAGAUUUAUUUGUAUGCCACUCCAGUGGAAGGAAAAAACAACCUCUUACCAUCCCAAAGCAGCAUCCUGUGGCAUGGGAUGAAAAGGUUGUUUAAAGAUCAGGAAGACGGUGACCCUUUAAGAAACCUGACGAAGCUCAUCCCUCCUCCUGCUCGCCCAGCUUUGCAUUCAUGUGAAUUCCUCUUGGUAUUGUUUCAAUAAAUGGUUUUGGAGCUCC